GUCAUGAAGGUGCGUUGCCUCACGUUAGCGCUGUUGUUUGCGCUGCUAUGUAGCGCAGUGCUCAGCACCGCAUCGCAAGACGGGGACGCGGCAGAUGACGAGAAUUCCACCGAUGAAGAGGCGGUGGAAUCCGUAGAUGACGAUGCUGACCAGGGACAAGACCACGCUCGUUUCGACGCAGACGAACCGCUGCCGGGCGAAGAAUACGUUCUGGAACUGAAUAACGAGACGUUCCCGGCAGCGAUUGAAGAACACAAAUUCCUGCUGCUGGAAUUCUACGCCCCCUGGUGUGGAAAAUGUCAGCAACUUCGUUCGGCGUAUGGUGGCGCUGCACAGAAGUUGCACGAGAUGGGCUCCGAGAUCAAACUUGCGAAGAUAGAUGCCACGGUGAUGGAGAAUCUAGAGCUGAGCGCCAAGUACGAAGUCGACAGGUUCCCGACUCUUCGAUUUUUCAGAGAAAUGGAGCCAUCUCCGAUUCCGUACAAAGGCGAACGGGACGUAGACGGUUUUGUUGCCUGGUUGACGAAGAAAACCCAACCUCCAGCUAAGAAUCUCGAAACGCUGAACGAUGUGAAAGAGUUCAUCGCUUCUAGGGGUGGGGAGGACAUUAAUGUCGUCGGAUUCUUUAAGGAUGCCAAUUCUGAAGAGGCAAAGACGUUUAUACGAGUUGCCGACAUCAUGGAUUUUUACGAGUUUGGCAUUACGUCGGAUGAGGAGGCAUUUAAGGAGUAUGGAGUGGAAGAUGGACAGAUCAGCGUCUUCACAACGUUUGACGAGGGAAGGGCAGACUACGAUGGAGAGCUCAUAUCAGAUGACAUAGCCAAAUUCGUCAUGGUGCAGAGCGUGCCUAACGUAGCUGAUUUCAAUCCGCAGAUGGCCCGGAGGAUUUUCGUCAAGGAUUUCCCUAAUCAUCUACUGUUGCUAGCGUCAAAGAAUUCCACCGAGUUCCCAAAACUUCAUGCCAUUCUCAGUGAAGUGGCGCCGAAGUACAAAGGACGAAUUGUUUUCAUACACGUCGACACGGACGUUCCGGGGCACGCCCGCAUUAUGGAAUUCUUCGCUGUCGACCCGGCAGACGUUCCCGAAUUCCGGAUCACAACCUCGGGCUUGAAUGCGAAGAAAUAUCGACCGGACUUCCCCGAAAUAACUGCUGCAACCAUUCAAAAUUUCGUCGAUGCUUUCUUCGACGAUAAGCUAGAGCCGUUUCGUAAGAGCGAGGAACUACCGGAGGAUUGGAACGAACUUCCAGUUACGGUACUUGUCGGCAAAAAUUUCGACGAAGUGGCAAAGGACGAAAAAACGAACACUCUCGUGGAAUUCUACGCCCCCUGGUGUGAACAUUGCAAGUCAUUGGAACCGAUUUACACGGAACUCGGCGAAAAAUUUAAAGGCAGGGAUGACGUCAUCAUCGCGAAAAUUGACGGAACAGCGAACGAAGUGGAGGGAAUUAAGCUCGAGGGCUUUCCGACUAUAAAGUAUUUCCCGGCUGGAACUGAUAAAGUUAUAGACUACCAGUGUGGUCGAACCGUGGAGCACUUCACGUUCUUCUUAGAAAACGAUGGUGAAUGUCCUCCCCGGGAAGAAACCCCCGACGACCGGGAUGGGGACGAGGAAGUGGAAAAGAACGGGGAAGGGGAAGAGAUUACAGUCGAGACGGACGAAACAGAAAGUGAAGGCGCAAAGGAUGAAUUGUAGUUCGAUUUUGCCAGACUAAACGCAUAUAAAUACUUAGUCACUACGCAUUAAUGCCAAGAAAUAAUUGGUGACCGUCCUCACCCUAAAACUGUC